AUGUAUACAGACAGAGCGAGAAUACUGGCCCUUACUCGACAACCACAUAAAAAAGAUGGAGAGGGCUAUGCGCGAGGGGAAACCCGCUACGGAAGAGGACAUAAAAAUGUUAAAAUUUUUGCACAAAAAAAGGCGAAGACCUCCCCAUCUUCAUGCGGGUCACUACCCACGGAUAACCCUCCUGGGCCGAGUCCCGGCGAGGAAACCCCGGCUUCAUCUAAUGCCUCAGUUGAGGUCGAGUCAAAAGGAGGAAACCCCCGAAAGCGGAAACGCUCUGGUGAUCUAGAGGACCCAGAAUGGAUGCCCAACGCUGAUGAUGAGAGUAAUCUCAUGAACACAGCUAAUAUGAGUUCCGCAAGUUCCUCAUCACCAAGCAUCCAAGAAAUUACACGACCGGCUGGAACAAGGUGUGUAAUAUACGCAACGAUAGUCGAAAAUAACGGGACAAAACGGACACACAAGGGAAACAAUGUUAACUUGAACAGUGAAAUCCUGCUCAAUUGCGUAUAUUCCCAAUGUGACGGACAACAUUCUGCAAAGAUACUGAAGCAAACGAUGCUAGAAAGUUACUUACCAACUCCACGUGGUUCAAAUCCCGAAGUAGACCCCCCAUCUAGUGGCAGAAAACGCCUCAGACUGAAUGACCACGAGGACGUAUUCAAUCGGAACAAUUAUAAAAUUGUUUCAUCAAGACCUCAUACGGAUGCAUGCAAUAUGUACCAUCAGGGAAUUCCAGACCUGGAACCAGCGCUUGAACAAAUCAGGAAACAAUAA